AUGUUAGUCCAAACUCUGUACCGUCCUACAUCAUUGUCCGGAGACACACGAGCGAUAGCGCACCUACAGAGGCACAUAUAUAAUGUCAGCUCAUCCAGUGUCAUUCCAGGACUUGCCUUCACUCAGUUCGUCGGAGCGAGCCCGGACGAUAACCAACCUUUGAUCGACUGGGGUUUCGUGACCACUCCACAGGCCGGUGCUAACAAUAGAAGCAUUCAAUAUGCUCGGGGCAAGACGAUUGGUGGAUCAAGUGCACGUAAUUACAUGGCCUUUCAUCGUGGGACGAAUGGCUCCUACCAGCGCUGGGCGGAAGAGGUCGACGACAACAGCUAUGCCUUGUCCAACCUCAUGAAGUACUUCCAGCGAAGCGUGACGCUGACGCCACCUAAUUCAGACCUUCGCUUUGCGAAUUCCAGCGUGGAAUUCGCAAGCUCUGCAUUCAACAACAGUUUAUACCCCAACCAGCCACUACAAGUGACUUGGGGCAACUGGGCGUACCCGAUCGCGUCAUGGACACAACUCGCCCUGGCCAAGAUCGGGAUUCCAACGAACCCGCAAGGUUUCCUGAGCGGGCAACUAUCAGGCUCAUCUUGGUGUCCGUCAACGAUCGAGCCAGACAAUCAGCACCGUUCGUCUUCUCAGACCAGCUUUCUAAACUAUGCAAUGAGAACAACCGGUCUGAAAACCUACUCUCACUGCUUCGCUCGUAAAGUGGUGUUCAACGGGACCAAGGCCACAGGUGUGCUUCUUCAAGCUGGCCGUAAGAACUUCACGCUUACCGCGAACAAAGAGGUCAUCUUAUCAGCAGGUGCCUUCCAGUCUCCACAGCUUUUGAUGGUCUCUGGAAUUGGUCCCCGGGAAACUCUGCAGCGGUUGAACAUUCCGGUGGUUGCAGACCUUCCAGGAGUUGGCCAAGAUCUAUGGGACCAGCCGCUGUGGGGAAUUUCAUACCGCGUUAAUGUCUUGACUGGAUCCGAGAGUGUCAACAACCCAGCGUAUGCCGCAAUGGCGGUAGAACUAUUCAUUGCCAAUGGAACCGGUCCAUUAGCUAGUCCUCCUUCUUUACUUGCUUUCGAACGCCUGUCAGACUCAGCUCCGGAGCUACUUCAAAACAGUACGCUCCAAGCUCUAGAAGACUUCCCAUCCGACUGGCCGCAGAUCGAGUAUUUGGUCCAAAAUGGUUAUGCCGGCGACUUUGAAAACUCCAUGACUGCGGAUCCUGCUGAUGGGUACAACUACGCUACCUUGGCCGCUUGUCUCGUCAGCCCAUCUUCGAAAGGAAACGUCACAAUUUCCUCUGCAGAUGCGUCUGUUCCGCCCGUGAUCAAUCCCAAUUGGCUCACUACUUCCGAGGAUAAAGACUUGGCUGUGGCAUCCUUUAAACGAUUGCGACUAAUCUGGAGUCACAUGUCGAACGUCACUAUCGGGGAGGAGUACUUCCCGGGUCUGGAAGUCGAGUCUGAUGAGCAGAUACUGGCGUUCAUUCAACAGUCUAUGAUUCAACUCUACCAUGCCUCUGCAACUUGCAAGAUGGGAAGAAGGAGUGACCCGCUUGCUGUGCUGGAUUCCAAAGCUCGAGUAUAUGGUGUGGAUGGAUUGCGUGUUGUGGAUGCCUCGUCUUUUCCGUUCUUGCCGCCGGGACAUCCUCAGGCUACUGUCUAUAUGUUGGCUGAAAAGAUUGCAGAGGACGUUAAGCAGGAGCUGCAAUUGUGA